AUGACUCCUCCAUUCAGGGUUUUCGAGGGCAAGCUUGCCAUUAUUACCGGCGCAUCACGCAGUUUUGGGGCUGUGGUCGCCGAGCAUUUCGCUAGCAGAGGUGCCAAUGUUGUCAUCAACUAUGCUACCGAGGGUUCAACGCCAAAGGCUCAAGCGCUAGCCAAGAAGUUUGAGGAACAAUACAACGUCAAGGCACUCCCUGUUCAAGCGGACCUGAGCAAACCUGAAGCUCCUCAGCAGGUUGUCGACGCUGCAAAGUCAUACUUCACUGAUGCGUCUGGCCGUUUCCAGAUCGACAUAAUCGUUAACAACGCCGCUACAGUCAAUGCCCAAGGCAUUGACCAGCUUGACAUCAAUCUCUUCCAAGAGACUUUUGACCUGAACUGCAGAGCUCCCGCUCUUCUCAUUAAGGCAGCUUUUCCCUACCUGCCUACAGACCGCUCUGGUCGUAUUGUCAACAUCUCUAGUGCCACUACUACUUGGGGUGUCUGGUGGCAGACAUCCUAUGCUGGCACAAAGGGUGCUAUUGAAGCAAUGACCCGGGUGUGGGCGCGCGAGCUCGCAGAAAGAGCCACGGUCAAUGCCGUUGCUCCUGGACCAAUGGAUACCGGACUUUACUCUGGCCUACCUGACGAGCCUCGUGAGGCUCUUCGGCCCCUUAACAUCCUUACGCCACUUGCAAAGGCUAGGCCUGGCGUUGACAGUCAGGAGGUCCUUGAACUAGCCAAAAGCAUUGGUGGUCGUCCCGGAUAUCUUGAAGAGGUGGCAGGAAUUGUCGGUGUUGUGUGCCUGCCCGAAAGUGGAUGGAUGACUGGUAACUUGGUAGGCGCAAAUGGAGGAGGAGCUUUCGUCCGAUAA